AUGGGUCAACUAGCGCAUGAAUCUGUGUGCCGUAAAAAAACACAUAAAAAGUUGAGAAAUGAGAAAACUCAAAGAGGAAUUCGAAUAGCUGUCAAUUACCGUAUCCAUGUAUAUACCCUUGACGCUAUGAGUUCUCCUUUUAAGGAUCCUGUAAGAACACUAGCGAGUCCACAAGCAUUGAAUACAGGUGGUGGACCUGAAUCACCUCAUAUUAUAAAUGCAAUCAAAGUUGGAAACAUGCUAGGAAGGGAGAUCCUUGUCUCCGUCUCUGAAUGGGGGGAAGUAUGUGUUUGGGAAACCGAGAACCUUGAUAAGCCUCCUAUUAUAUUGAGGAAUGAACACAAGACGUGGGGGAUUGCGAUUCAUGGAGAACAAGGGUUACUGGCUGUAUCAGCAAACAAUUGGAAGAUAAAGAUAUAUAACUUGGCUGAAAUGACAAAAAAUGAUCCUAGCUAUACGCCUAGGAAGGCACUUAAUGUGUUAAAUGACGCGAAGGAGGUGAUUCUCGAGGGACAUGAACAUAACAUACCGUGUAUCGAUUUUAACGAGACAGGAGAAUACCUCGCAAGUGCUUCCAUUGAUGCAACCACCAAAGUAUGGGAUAUUAGAUCAAAGCAAAUCGUCACCUAUCACAGGAGACCAGCUAUACGUAAUCAAGAGCAAGAUACUUGGUGUUGGUCCACAAAGUUUAUCAAGCCUGGUCAUUUUAAGUAUAUAACGUGCACAGACACCAAGAUAAACAAACGGUUUAUGCAAAGACUAGAUCAAGGAAGAUCAACCUCACUAGCUAACCUAAAUCUAUGCCAUUCAGCCAACGCUCCAAUUUAUCCAACUAUGGACAUUGGAAGAAUUUUAGAUUUGAAUGCAGAUGAUAUUGAAGACGAAAUUUUGGAGGAAGAGAUCAAUGAUGAUCUAUGGGAUAAUUCAUUGAUAAGACAAGAGGAGUCCGUGGUGGCAGACUAUAUAUUACAGCAAAGGGAAAGAUUAUCUAGUGCCAGCGCUAUUAGUAGUAAUACUGUGAGCGGUGACGAAGAACGUGAUGCAUGGAAUGAGCCUGUACAGGGUGUAGAAGAGAUACCGAUGGGGUACAGACCUCAUAGUCAGCUCGAAAAUUCUUAUGGGCAAAUUCUCCAAAGUAUCUUGAGAACACGGCUAGAACAUGGCGAGUUUGUCGAGAGUCAAUCGCCUAGUUCGUCGUCCAUGAUUAGUCCUACUGAAGAGGGAUGGGAUGAUACUGAUGAAGAUGAAACUACAACCUGGGAGGCAACACACACUGAAGGUAUGGAAGAAGAAAUAUAUGACGAGGAAGAAGAAAUGUGUCCUGGCUAUUGUAUACCAAAGAUCAUUCAGAACUUGGACAAUAAUGCAAAUAGAAGAAAGGCAAACCAGCCAAAUGAAUUAGACGAGUAUCUCAUGCUGAGUACGGCCAAGGAUAUCGUACUCAUGAGGACCACGUUACCAAAAAUGACAAAAGUGCGCCAAGAGUCAGAUAUUAUCAGUAAAGUGGAUGUUCGUGCAGAUAGAUUACUUUAUCUUUUAGAUAGAAUAACCAUGGUAGAGUGGAUACCUGAGCUAGAACUCUUUGUCACUGCUAGUCAGAAAGGUACGGUUGCCUUGACACGUAUUUUACAACUUGAACUUGAGGAUGGCAGACAAACUUGCGUAUUCAACAACGAGUAUUACCUGCCAAUCGACGUUCUACAGACCACACCUCUUUACGGGAUGACUGUGAAAAAGGUAGUAGGGGAACGAUUUUCACCUGUUGUAUAUCAAAUAUUCUUGUUUUAUUUUGGAGGAAAUGUGCUUGGCUACAAUAUUUCUCGCAAGGAUUCGAAUAUAACAGUAACGAACUUGGCCUAUCUUUAG